CACAAACACCAGCUAUUCAUUUUAGUUUUGUUGGUUGUACUGUUUGUUGACUAUCUAGCUGUGAUUUUUCAAGGAAAGCUUUGAUAUAACCAACAUCAAGGGUCUUCUAAACGUGAUAUUGAAGCUAUAGCAUUUUGUGACUACGUACAAGCUUGUGCUCAGCCAGUGCAGUGGAUAAAAUGGCCGACGAUGAUGCUAGUCGAAAAGAGUUUGACUGGGAUUUGCCCGUGUCUGUGCCGAGUAUCGGUGUACACAGAACCUUGAGGGUGACCAGUAACGAGUCAGUGGGUGCUGUCAUGAUAAAGCUCACUUCCAAGCUAGGUGACGCAGAUUGGUCGGACUUCGCCCUCUGGUGGCCGGAGAACAGGAUAUGGUUGAACAAACCUCGACAGUCUCUCUAUGCCUACGGUAUCAUGUCCGAUGCCAAACUUGACUUUGUUCCAGUCCAUCGCUACAUCACCGUGGAACUGCCUAACAAGCAUAGGUAUCAGAUGAGGGUCAACUUUGCUGUCAUGACCUUUUUCUCUGUGGCUGAAAUGUGUAAAGAGAUGAAUGUUCGUCACCCGGAGGAACUCUCUCUAAUGAGGUCACCCUACGAUAAAGAAAACUUUGUAAAGCUUACUGGGUACCUCAAGAAAGGCAGAAAGAAAAGUGGGUUGGGAGGGUCACGAGAGGGCACACCUCGCCCAGACGGGGACAACCUCUCCAUCGACAGUGGAGACCUCCUCGCAACCACGCCCCCUGGAUCCCCUUCCCGUAGACGGAAGUACCCAAGCCUUGCCCUCUCACCGGCACAGAGGUCAGCCCAGGAGGGAGUGACGAGCAUGAUAAAGUCACAUCUUGGUGAAGCUACCGAUGGAGGGUUCUUCUCGGAGAAAAUAAACAGGACAACUGUUGAGAAGUGCUACAUCAAUGGACUCUGGCUGGACUCCUCCAAGACACUCUACGAACAAGACGUGAAAGAGCACGACCUCCUCUACCUCCGCUACAAGUACUACUCACUCAUGGACGUUGACCCCAGGGUUGACGAGAGUCGUAUUAGUCAUCUGUACGAGCAGUCCCGUUGGUCCAUUCUCACAGAGGAGGUGGACUGUACCGAGGAAGAGGCCUACACCUUCGCUGCCCUACAGUUCCAGGUCAAACUGGCGCAGGCUCAAACACCUGCCACUAACGUCCCUGUUGCCAAGACAACUGUGGACGAGUCGGUCACUGACAUUGACGCUGCUCUCAACAAUCUCCAGGUGGCUCUGGGGCAAGUGAACACUGUGCAGGCUAGUGACUCAAGCCCGGCCUUGCAGCUGACUGGAUACAUUCGGUUCACCAGACCUACCAAACUUACAUUCCGCUCUCCAAAACGAUUCUUCUUUCUCCUCAAAGGCACAAUCUUGUGCUACUACAAGGCGGAGGAGGAGUACAGUUCAGGGGAUGCUCCCAUUCAGCGGUUCAACCUCACCGGGGCGGAGGCCAUUCCAGAUGUGGACGUCGGCAAGAGGAAGUUCGCCAUGAACAUCAUCUUACCCAGCUCUGACGAAACAGGAGAGAUCAGACUGCUCUUUGAUUCAGGUGAUGAGUAUGCCUCCUGGGCAGCUGGGUGUCGGAUGGUGAUGAAGGGUCGACCAUUGGCCAAGGCUGGCUACGAACAAGAGCUGACAUCCAUUAAAGGUUUUGUGGCUCUUCAGAACAGAGCGGACUCGGGUGGAGCCUCUAUGUCCAGUGAUAAAGAGGAGUUAAAACCUGAAGAUCUGGUGAGCCCGAGAAUUCUCAAGAAGAAAAAGUCAAAGGAAGUAGCACGUCAGAUCCUGGAGGCACACACCUCACUCCUCAACCUCAGUGUGAACGACGCCAAACUGCAGUACAUCAGAAACUGGCAGGCACUCCAAGACUUUGGAAUAACUUUCUUUUUGGUGAAGAUCGGCAAAAACAAGAAAGAGGAGCUCCUGGGCAUAGCUUACAACCGGCUCAUCCUCAUGGACCUACACUCGAAGGAGAUCAAGAAGACAUGGCGAUACUCGGCAAUGAAGUCUUGGAACGUGAACUGGGAAUCGAAACAGCUCCGUAUAGAUCACGAAGAAGAGAAGCUCCUGUUCACAUGCUUGUCAGCUGACCUGAAAAUCGUCCACGAGUUUAUCGGGGGGAAUAUUUGGCUGUCCCUGAGAAACGAUAAGGAUCCACUCGAUAUCACGAUGUUCGUCAAGCUUACUGGAGGAGUGACCAACAAUCUCAGUGGGUGGGGCUCAGAGACUAUGGCCAGGUUCCUGGCUGCUUGAAUAAUCGCACCUGACUAGCAAUUUUUAGCAUCUUGUGCAUUGUUGUGUAAUUACUAAUGUAUAUAAGCAUAAUUUCUUUGAUAGCUUUGUAGCGUGUCAUAGUAUGUGUGUGUAUUGAUGUUGUGAUUUAUAGAUUGACUCAGCAUUUUUUUGCAAAUCGUUUUUUCCCCAUGAAAUGCAUUCACUUUCUGAA